CACAACACAGCUCUACAAUACUGUGCAAACUAAAGUACGUUGUAUAUUCUGUGUAUGGCAGUAUAUGCCAAACCUCACUAUACAAGCCGACGCCAAUACACAGGCGCGAUAUAGAAACGUGCUCUUGGAUUAGAUUCAACAGGUUUAGGUUUGCCUGCACACCUGGCACCACCUUAGUUGACGUACAACCAUGGUAGGUCCUAAUUUUAGAGUUGGGAAGAAGAUCGGCGCUGGGAAUUUCGGGUUCAUCCAUCUCGGCAAGGAUCUUCAAAACGAUGAAGAUGUGGCCAUUAAGCUAGAGCCGAUUAAAACGCGGUCCCCACAAUUACACCUAGAGUAUCGGUUCUACAAGUCCUUAACAAAUACGGAUGGCUUCCCCCGAGUACAUUACUUCGGUCCCGCUGGCAAGUACAAUGCCCUGGUCAUGGAUCUGCUGGGGCCCAGUCUGGAAGACUUGUUUGACUUGUGUAACCGGAAAUUCACGAUCAAGACCGUGUGUCAAAUCGCUAUUCAGUUGCUGUUCCGAAUGGAGAAGGUGCACGACAAAAACAUCAUUUUCCGCGAUACAAAACCAGAGAAUUUCUUGACAGGACGCAAGGAAAAUCAGGAGCAAAACAAAGUAUACAUGAUCGACUUCGGGUUGGCAAAAGAAUAUAUUGACUUUGAGGGGCGACAUAUCCCUUACCGUGAGCACAAAUCGCUCACAGGAACAGCGCGUUACAUGAGUAUCAACACACACUUGGGUCGAGAGCAAAGCAGACGCGACGAUCUCGAGGCGCUGGGGCAUAUGUUUAUGUAUUUCCUCAGAGGGAACCUACCGUGGCAGGGACUAAAAGCGGAUAAUCUGAAGGAGAGAUACCAGAAGAUUGGGGACACUAAGCGGGCCACGCCUAUUGAAGAGCUGUGCAAAGGAUUCCCCGAGGAGAUGGCAGCGUACCUCAGGUACUCGCGGGGUCUCAAGUUCGACGAGAAGCCUGACUACAACUACUUACGAAAGUUAUUUACAACGAUUAUUUCGGAUGGUGGUUGGGUACACGAUGAUAUCUUUGAUUGGUCUGAGCUGGUGAUGUCACAGCCAUCUGUAACCCAAGACUCAUCCCCACCAAAGGAUAGUCAACCAAGACGGAGCCAGGGCAAUAACGCAGCGGCGGCGCCCGCGGCGGCUGGAGGGGCACCUGCGGCUGGCGCACAACCCACUAAGGCCAGUGCACGCAAAACGGAGACCCAAGACUACACCACGUGCUGCUUCUGGAAGAUCAAGAAGAAGAAAUGAACCAUUCGUUGACGGAAUGGGUCGAUUAAUGUCUUUUCUUGCCUUAGUGUAAUAUGAAUUGAUACGUACAAGUGCAUUGGAAACCGAGAAACCGAUGCUGUCCCAGACCGAAGAUAUAUAUAAUAAAGCCUUACAAAACUAGCA